AUGGCAGAAUACGCCGACCCAGCAAAGGGCGAUGUCAUCCCUCCCAAGUCGGAGCGUCAUCCAGUGAAAUGGUACCGCUCGACGUUCUACAACAUGACCAUCCUCGGCCUCUGCAACCUCGCGGCCCCAGGUAUCUGGGGCGCCAUGAACUCCCUCGGCGCAGGCGGCGCCGCCUCGCCAAAGGUCGUCAACGCCGCCAACGCCCUCACAUUCUGCCUCAUGGUGGUGUCCUGCUACUUCUCCUCCGUCAUCGUCCACUACAUAGGCAUCAAGGGCGCCCUCAUCUUUGGAACCAUCGGCUACGCCCCUUUCGCAGCAGGCCUCUACACAAACAACCGCUACGGCGUCGAAUGGCUCAUGCUUCUUGGCGCCGCCCUCUGCGGCAUCUCCGCCGGCGUCUUCUGGAUGGCCGAGGCCGCCAUCGCCAUCGCCUACCCGGAGCCCUGGAACCGCGGCAAGGCGCUGGGCUACUGGCUCACCUACCGCCUCUGCGGCCAGAUCCUCGGCGGCGCCAUCAACCUCGGCCUCAACGCGGACAACGACCAGGCCGGCAAGGUCUCGUACACCGUCUUCAUUAUCUUUAUUGCCAUCCAGGCUGCGGGCCCGUUUGUCGGCUUCUUCUUGAAUAAGCCGGAGCAGGUGGAGAGGCAGGAUGGCAAGAAGGUUAGCUUGGCGAUUUUGGAGAAUCCGUGGUAUGAGAUCAAGGCUACGACGAGGAACUUGUUGAAGCCGAAGUUCCUUUUGAUUGUUCUUUGGAUUGGCCAGGCUGUGUUUGCGGAGGCUGUGUUUUUCACGUAUCUUGCCUCAUGGUUCUCUGUUCGAUCUCGAGCUCUCGGAUCCUUCCUUUCCGGCAUCGUGGCCGUGAUUUCCGGUAAUCUUCUCGGACACUGGCUUGAUCGCGCAAAGGUGUCACUCAAGCUCCGCACGAGGUCGACCUUCUGGACUCUCGUCGUCACUCAGGGCGCGUGGUGGCUCUGGGCGACCAUCCUCGCGACACGGUUCCGCCAGACCCGCCCUGUCCACGACUGGGCCAGCCCUGGCUUCGGAGCCGCCUUUGCGGUCUACAUCUUCCUCACGAUCGGAUUCCAGAUCAACUAUCUCUUCCUGUACUUCAUCGUUACAAACCUGGCCGAAGGCGAAGAGGAAGUCAUCCGCUACGCCGCCCUGCUCCGCGGAGUCGAGUCGGCGUGGCAGGCCGUCAGCUACGGCCUCACAUCAAUCACCCUCUUUGGCGAGGUCGGCGCAAUCUACCUCAACUUUGCGCUGUGGGCCGUGGCCAUCGGGCCCGCGUGGCUGGUCCUGAGACACUUUGGCUCCGGGCUGUCGGCACACGUGGAGGAGGUGCGCGAGGUGAGCGGCGUGGUGUCUAGCGAGGAUGGCGAAUCGGACGUGAAGCACUAG